GACUUGGUGAUCCGACGCUUCAUCGCUUCAUCGCCUCAGACAAGGCUCCUGCUCGUCAUCAAACCCACUCAGCCCAGCUCUGUUUCGCUUGACCUCCAUCGCCCAACGGCCUCCCUCGACACGGCGUCUUCCGAGCCCCGCCAUGACCGAUAUCGUAAAAACCAGCCCAGCCAGAUGGAUCUAUACGCUGCUGCUAUCGCUUGGGACAGUUGCCUAUACGUCAGCGCUCGGAUGGGUGUCGUCGCUGAUGGACCUGUUCGAUAGCGCCGACAACACGGACGAAUCGCUCGAUCUGGAACGCAUCCAGAAGGACUCUGAGGAGAUGCCCAAGAUCCCCGACCACGUUGCCCUCGUCGUUCGCCCGAGCGGCGACGUGGCUGCCCAGCUGCAAGAAGUUUGCAGGGCUUGUGUCUGGAUAUGGUCGAUCGGCACCAGCGUCGUCACGGUUUUCGAUGAAGAAGGCAUCUUGCAAGACUCGGCCGGAAAGUGCGAACCGCUAAUUGCCCAGAACCUGGCCAAAUUCAAGUCAACCUUCCAUGUGGCUGUUUCGAACGGGCCAAAAGUGGUCUGCCACAUCAUGCCGCAUACCCAGCAACAUGCCGACAUAGUGGUCGAGCCCUUCAGGCUAGUCUUCCUCUCGAAAAAGAACGGCAAACAACGCAUUGCCCAGAUUGCCUCGCAGCUGGCUAAUACCCGACAGCAGUCAGGUCAGACAACGGAUGCUGCCUGGCUGGCCGAAGAGAUCCGCAAAUGCUCAUACGAAACGGAUGUUCCAGAUCCGCAGCUCAUGUACGUCUUUGGAAAGAUUGGCUCGCCCCUCCAGCUGGACGGGUUCCCGCCCUGGGAGAUCCGCCUGACGGAAAUUUGGCAAGUCAACACACGAUCUCGCCGCAUCAAGUACUCAGACAUUCUUGCAGGGCUGCACCGGUUCGCAAACACAACGGGUCGAUUCGGAAAGUAGUACCAAUACCCGAUGCGCGAACAGCACGACCGAGGGGGACGGCAUGAAGGCGGACCGUAGCGAGGCUCCAUAGACACUCUGUCGCAGCGGCGUGAGCGAUGCAGCGAGCCGCUGCAUUGGAGCAUUGAUCGCAACCAAUACACUUCCCUCCCGCCC